GAAUGGGUUUAGAAGCUACUGAUUUAUAUCGAAAAAUAUCUAAUAGUUUACAUGAUGAAAUUUUAUAUAUUUGUGUAUUAAAUGCAUGUUCUCAUUCGGGUCUUCUUUAUGAAGCUUAUUCAAUCUUCAAUGAGAUUCAUCAUAAAACAGCAAAAAUUAUUACCACAAUGAUUGAUUGUUUAAGUCGUCUUUUUUUAUUUGACGAAGCACAAAAAUUAAUCGAAGAUUAUGAGACAUCUAAUCCACCUUGUUCAGCUAUGUAUAUGGCUAUAUUAUCUGGUGCACGUAAUUCUCGUAAUUCUAUUGUAUCAGAAAAAAUCUAUGAGAGAAUGAAAUUAUUAUUUCAAAAUGAAAAAGAUACUUUAAUAUCAGGUUCAAUUCUUUUAUCCAAUAUUUAUUCUUCAUUGGGAAAUUAUGAAGAAGCACAACAUAUUCGAUUAAAUCGAAUCAAACAACAAUUUACAGCCCAUGAUCAAUCUCAUCGUCUAUCAAAAGAAAUUUAUGCUGAAGCUGAUCGUAUAUCAUGUGAACUUACUGAACAUGGACAUAAAUCUGAUUCAAGCUGGAUCACGCGUCCAUUAGCUGAAACUGAAACAAUUCAAUCUGUUUUGUGUUCUCAUAGUGAAAGACUUGCAAUUGCCUUUCAUUUUAUUCAAGGAAGAAAACCAUCAUUUAUUCAAAUUACAGAAAAUCUUCGCGUUUGUGGUGAUUGUCAUCAAGCUACAAAAUUAAUUGCUAAAAUUCGCCAAGUAAAGAUUGUGGUUCGUGAUGCCAACUGUAUUCAUCAUUUUUCCACUAAUGGAACAUGUUCACGUCAAGAUCAUUUCUAG